UUUGGUCAUUGUUUAAUUCCAUGUUGUAUAGGAGUGGACCACUGGUAACGUCGUUCCUGGCGCUAUCGUUGUUGUGUUUGGCCAGCGGCAAUAGUGCUGCCGUGCUGGCCGCCACUGGACUGCAGCGCGACGCCGCAAGACAGCCUCCUCAGCACACCACCUUCCAGGAUGAAAUGCAAGCAUGGAGCCCGGUGUUGGCGAACAUCGCAGUGCUGAUCGUGGCGGUGGUGCACUGCCUGGUGUGCGUGGUGAGCAUCUGCCAGGUGUCUCGGCGCGUGUGCCCCUGCCUGCGCCCGCGGCGGCCUUACGAUCACAACCAGUUCGACCCCGCCUUUAAAGUACAGCAGUGCGAUGCCAGCACUGGUAUAUCAAUUCAGAUCAAGGCGCACGAGAUUCUCUCACAAGACAUGGCCAAAGCAAGAACUAGACGCUCCAAAUAUUUAGAGUAG